AUGAAUGCCCUCCUUCGCAAAGCUCAAGCUUUCAUCGCGUUCGAGGAAGGAGAGGCUGCUGCCAUUAAAGCCUCACGAGGUAAUGACGCCGCUCGCAGUUCAAACUAUGAGCACUCUGGCUCGAAGCGAGGACAUGAAAAAAGGAGAGAGGACAGAUCUCUCGACAUCAAAGAUCGCCAAGGACCAUCCGGUCGCUUCAACGACUACACCCCUCUGAACACUUCACGGGAGAGGAUCCUGGCCGAAUGCCAAAACACCGACUUCAAGAAAUCAAACAUCAGGCCCCCGAAGUCGAACCCCGCAAGGCCGGGAACCGACAAGUCAAAGUACUGCAAAUACCAUAAAAGUCACGGCCAUCUGACCGAGGAAUGCAUCCAUCUCAAGGAUGCCAUUGAAACACUAAUCAAGGAAGGUCGCCUUUCGAGAUACACAAAGAAAGGGGAACUUUCCCGAAGGGACGACCAAAGAAACUCUGACGAAGGGAACUCGCCGGAUAACAAGCCCCUACAAGUAGCACUGUCCGUCACUCGACCAGAGGAUUUCAUGCCAUCAGUCGGGAUCCCUACCGCACUCAGCAAAUGGGAAAAUUUCCCAUUCACCAUGGUCGUCUCCAACGGCGGGGAUCCAAGCUCCCUCACCAUCAGUUCGGUGAAAAGAAAGUUCGAUGAAUUGCUCAGCGCCAACGCGGACCUCGGACCUACGCUGCGAAAGUUCCGGGGAAAGUCAGAACCAAUCACCUUCUACCUGGAAGAACUGCCCGGCGGAGCUCCAAACUCCACAAUUCCCCUGCUCGUCCGAGCUAGAAUGGCGAAUUUCGACGUCCGACGGGUCCUGGUCGACGAAGGCAGCUCGGUCGACAUCAUGUAUUCCCAUCUCUUCCAGACACUUCAGCUGGACGACUCACACCUCACUCCCUAUGUGGGUUCGGACCUCUAA